ACGAAAUUUACACCACUUUGCGACCGGCACUGCCAACACGUCUAGAGCUGUCGUACUAUUCUCACACUACACACCAUCCCCCACAUACAAAUCGCCAACAUCCCACAUACCCCCAAGAUGUCUCUCGGACCAGCAGGCGCGCAGAUCAACCCGGAGCAUGCCGACAACUUCGAGGACAUUGAGAAGCAGUUCGCGGUGAAGGUCGUCCAGCACAUGGAGACAUAUUGGAACAUCCUCGAAAAGGUCAAGGGCUCCACUCUGCGCCUUACCAAGCUCGAUGACGAGAUCUACGAGCACUUCCAGAAGGAGUUCCCCGACUUCGAUGCGUCAGCCACAAUUAAUGAGGACGAAAUGAAGAGCAAGGCCGGCAAGGAGCGAUGGCGCAACUUCAUCAACCAAUACGAGAAGACGGUGGAGGACUACAACUUCGGCGCCAUGCUGCGUGCUAGCCCCAAGACAGACUACACACAGGAGGGAACUAUUUUUGCAGUGCGCAUGCAGUUCUACGCCGUCGAGAUCGCUCGCAACCGCCAGGGCCUGAACGACUGGGUCUACGAGCAGGCUCACCAGGGCAAAUAGACAAGUCCAAGGCAUGACCUGACCUAACUGCAAGUCACACAAAGGGUGGAAAGCGUCCUGCAUUGGUAUUCUGCGGGCCGGGACUUGUCCGUAGUAGCUUACCGGUCCUGCCGUAUGCCUCAAGCCGUCGCCACGUACAGAUGACCGUAUACCGUAAUCGUUCUCGCCGUCUUGCUCACAUCGCCAUGCCUUUGCCCGGCUCGAUCGAUGUUGUAAGCAACAAUAGAUAGUGUUUGGGUUUGUGCUGGAAAGCUCUCACACAUGAGUGUGGGUUGCCGCCAAGUUGCAAUACCUGCGAUGGUGUACAUCUAACGAAUUGACGCAAACCCUGGUUACUUCG